AAAAAAAAGUGUAUUUAUGUGUACACAAAUAGCAUAAAGAAGAUGUGAUGAGUUGUAAUAUAUUUAUUACACGUGAUUACAAUAAUGUGUUGCAGAUUUGAGUUUACAUUUCGUCUUGUUCACGUAUUGGGAAUGAUGAGUAGCUAGCGCACAUGGGCUGUGUAGUUUGAUGGGAUGGCACACCCUUAGAGUCACACGAUAGGUGAUUGGUGGAGAGGCUUUAUGAUGAACACACUUAUGGCGUUGGCAGCGCAAAGGCACAGUCGGUCAAUGCGCGGAGCAUCCCAUCACUGAAGACACCACUUACAGUGCCAAGGACCAUUUUAAAUCCAAGGUGGUCAAUAGUGUAUUUUGCAAGUUGCAGGGAAGGAAUACGCGCUGGAGAGCAAGUCUCCGAAGUCGAGGAUAUUAUAGGACACGAAGCAUAGAGGCUGAUGCAGUAGUCUGUCGCCAUGGCCUCAGAUGCAAGUCACAUGUUGGAGGCGGCCUUGGAGCAAAUGGAUGACAUCAUCGCAGGCUCCAAGGCUGCAGCCGAGUACACCAAUGGCCUGUUUGAGCUGGGCUCUCCAGGUAGCGCAGGGCCCCUGCAGGUUCUACAGCUGGUUGAGGACCUGAGGCUGGCCCUGGAGCUGCAGCCCAGAGAGGAGGAGAGGAACACCCUGAGGGCCCAGGUCCCCAGCAGCACUGCUCACAUGCUCAUGGACUGGCUGGACAUGGACAGGGGCUCAGACAGGGGCUCGGUCAACCUUCGCUCCCCGGUGAACAAUGAGAGCUAUCAGGAGCGUCUGGUUCGCCUAGAAGGGGACAAAGAGUCUCUGGUUCUCCAGGUGAGCGUGCUCACAGACCAGGUGGAGGCCCAAGGAGAGAAGAUCCGAGACCUGGAGAGCUCUCUGGAGGAGCACCACCACAAACUCAACUCCACUGAGGAAAUGCUACAGCAGGAGCUGCUGAGCCGGAACUCGUUGGAGACCCAGAAACUAGAUCUGAUGGAUGAGGUUUCCUACCUGAAACUGAAGCUGGUCAGCAUGGACGAGAAACAGAACCACAACGACAGCAGCAAGGACCAGCAGAACAAAGCUGAGUGUGUGGUAAAUCUGAUAAGCGAGCUCCAGGAGCAGAUGUGUAGGUUUCAGGAAGAGAUCCACAACCGUAUCAUGGAGAAACGGGCCAUGGAGGCCCAGGGGGAGAGUGGUGCCCGCGAGGCCCACGACCAGAGCCCUGACGUGGGCUUGGGUGGCUCUGACAUGGAGGAGUUUUGCUGUCGCUGUGGAGGACAGAAUGGCUUACUGCAAGAACUCAGGCUCCUCAAGAGUAAAGUGGAAGUGCUGGAGGGGGAGAAAUUGCAGUAUGAGAGAAAACUAAAAGCCACGAAGGUGGAGAUAGCAGACGUACAGCAGAUACUGGCUUCCAAAGACUCUGAGAUCGAGGGCCUUCAGAGCCAGCUGGUCUCCAGAGGCCCAAUGACCAAUGAGAAUCCAGAGAGGGUGGAGGUCUUUAGGAGACUGCUGACAGACCAAUACCAAGAAUUCCAAAGGUUGAAAAUGGGGAUGGAGUCGUUGUUAGCGGCAAAUGAUGAGAAAGACCGUCACAUAGAGGAGCUCACUGUUCUCCUGAGACAGUACAGGAAGAUGAAGGAGGUGAUGGCCCUCGCACAAGUGACCAGUGAUAAGCUCCUUGUUGGAAGCAGUGAGGAGGAACUGAGUGGGAGUCUGAAGAGGAGAGCUCUCACACAUAAAGCUCAUUCAGACAUCAUCCGUUCAGAGAUGUCUUCCAGGUGCUCCUCUCCUCUGUUAAGGUCUUCCUCAUCCUUCCAGAAAGAGCUGAACUCUAGUAACCAGACCUCCCUGGAGACGUCCACGGUGAUGGUCUCCCCGAGCGAUGCUGGCUGCUUCCACAACGGACAAUGGUCCCAACCACAGAUGCUUUCAAGCAGCCUGGAGGAGUUACAAAGCAGAUCGUUACCAAAGCAUGUAGUGGGUCAACCAGUUGAAGCGGUUUCAGAGAAUCGGCACAUGGAAAUGAACAAAUAUCAGACCCUACCAGGGAAGCUAUCUCGACCUGACAUGAAUGGGGAUCAAGAGCAGUAUGCCACACCAGUCCAGCUGUCCCCUGACGAUAGCGAGGACAGUGAGUUGAACCUAAGAAAGUCGGAGAGACUGGAUGAGUCCACGCAGUCGGACCUGUCCCCCCUGUCAUCUGGAGUGGACUCAGGAAAGCAGUCUCCUGUCUCCCCAGAGAACAAGAAGAACCACCUGGGCAUCAAGAAACUCUGGGGGAAGAUUCGGAGGACCCAGUCUGGCACCCUGCAGAGAGAGGACCUUGAGCCUGGAGAGUUUAAGAGGGGGGGACUGAGAGCCACCGCCAGCCCUCGUCUGGCCCGGACUGGAGAGACAUUGACCUCUGUGUGGGAUUUGAAGACACCCUUCUCCAAGUGGACUCCGGAGCAGGUCUGUUGCUGGCUAGCGGAGAGUGGGCUGGACCAGUAUGUGAUUCUGGCCCAACAUUGGGCCAACAGUGGGCAGACCCUCCUCUCCGCCUCACCACAGGACUUAGAGAAGGAAAUGGGGAUUAAGAAUCCACUGCACAGGAAGAAGUUGCAGUUGGCCCUCAAGUCCUUCAGCACCAAAACGACUGAGAAAUCCUCUGAACUGGACCACAUCUGGGUCACACGUUGGCUUGAUGACAUUGGUUUACCUCAAUACAAGGGUCAGUUUCACGAGGGAAGAGUAGACGGCAGAAUGAUUCAGUACUUGACAGUGAAUGACCUCUUGUUCCUGAAAGUGACCAGUCAGCUCCAUCAUCUCAGUGUGAAGUGUGCUAUCCACGUCCUCCACGUCAACAAGUUCAACCCCAACUGCCUGAAGAGAAGACCUGGAGAUGAGAACAAGACUUCUCCCUCUGAGGUGGUUCAGUGGUCGAACCACAGGGUGAUGGAGUGGCUUCGCUCAGUGGACCUGGCGGAAUACGCACCCAACCUGAGGGGCAGCGGGGUGCACGGGGGCCUCAUCAUUCUGGAGCCUCGUUUUAACUCAGAUACCCUGGCCAUGCUGCUGAACAUCCCCCCUCAGAAGACCCUGCUGCGACGUCACCUGGCCACCAACUUCAACAUGCUGGUGGGCUCCCAGGCUCAGCAGGAGAAGAGGGAGUUCAUGGAGUCUUUAGGCUACGCUCCGCUCAGCACCACAGCCAAAGUCAGGCCAAAGAAGUUGGGCUUCUCAAACUUCGGCCACCUGAGGAAGAAGAGGUGUGACGAGUCAACAGACUACAUUUGCUCCCUGGAGGUGGCCCAGGUUCAGGCGGUGCUGAACGGGGCCCACCGGCCCUACUCCGGCUUCAGGGGCCUCAGCCCCAUCCUAGACAGAGACCCAGACAGACGGCAGCAGGUGGGGCCAAACAGCUGAUGAUGUCAAACUACUGUACCUACCUACCCAUCGCUACUCAGCUUGCAGCCAAUAACCCCACCUCUUCCUGCCAUGCCCAUCCAACUCACCCCAGCACACUCACCUCCACACCCCUCACGUGCCAUCAUCUAACAAUCAACCCCAGCCUCAGGCAUGAGCUGCACUCUGGACACUUAAGAGUGGAUGGUGAGUGGGAGAGCUCACCGCUCCUAUGUUCUCGGGGGAUUCACAAGCCUAGCUGUGAUCGAUCACCUCACCCCUUUAAUGCAGUAGGAUAAUGCUACUAUUGUAAACAAUAUUGUGCAUCAUUUUAAUGAUCAUUUUAACACCUGUAUUUGAGAUUCACAUAAUGGUAUUCAUCCAUUGUUUUUAAAUAUAUUCCUAACCAGUAGAAAGUAAUGUUGCUGUUUGUCAGACAGUUAUGGAAUGAACUUGUGCAAUAUUUGCAUAUGGAGGAAUGCAUUUCACAUAUUUAUGUUGGUAAAUAAAUUGAAAGAAGUACAAUGAGAUUUUAUAGCUGUGCACAUUUUGAUGGAUUCCAGAUUGUGAUUACGCACUGUUAUUUUCAUAUAUGACUGUUAUGAUAUUUUUAUAGUUAAAGAUAACGCUUCAAUCAAAGAAUCUCUCGUUGUCAUUAAUUGUAAAUAGCAUUAUCCAAAUCCAUCAAUAAAAAUCGCAAGUGUGAUAA